AGAAGCCGAUAGCCUUCGUACUGGGAGAAUCGACUGGCAGCCAGCCUUCGCCGGAAAGUUUGGGAAUCGACCUCCGCAAUACAAAAGAUGCGCUUAGCCGCGGUGCGGGGCCCCGGUCUUCGGAGCAAGACGCUACGAUCUUCACUUAUACAUGGUAGUUAUAAGCAACAAAGUCAGCAGUAACCACGAAUUUGGCAGUCUGUUUGAGGACCAAUCAACCAACCCAGUAUUAUUCUUGCUUGUCCGCAGCCAUGGGUCUCACUGUGCUUUCAGAUUCGGACGUGUCCAAGGUCUUUUCGUCCUUGUCGACCGAGGAAGUCAACGGCUUAUUGCAAGUCCUCGGCGAGACGCUCACCCACUAUUCGUGUCAUGGAGGAAAAAACGACUACCUGGCCCGAAGCGCACAUACCAGAAAGGAUGGCCAAACCAGCCUGUUCAUGCCCUCGGUCACCCAGGAUCUGAUCGGCACCAAGAUUGUUGGUGUCGCCCCGCCUCAAACUCAGAGUUCAGCAGCACCCGUCGCCGGUUUGAAGAGCGUCCUGACUCUAUGCGAUGCCACAGGUCAGGCCGUCGGAAUCUUGAACGCCGCAGAGUUGACUGCGUUCCGCACUUCGCUGGGGUCGAUGUUAUUAUUCCAUCAGCGACAGACGGUGCGCAAUAUCGUCGUCUUCGGCGCGGGCAAGCAAGCGUUGUGGCAUGUCAAGCUCGCUGCGAUCCUACGUGGUCGGGAUAUCCAGAUGAUUACGAUCAUCAAUCGUUCUAGCAAGAGAACAGAACAGCUGAUUUCGGACAUCCAAUCAAGCGAACAGUGGCCUAGCCACAUCAAGCUCGUGGCCAGCGAGAACCAGGAGUCGUUGGAGCAGCUUGUGACUGAUGCCGAUGCCAUUUUCUGCACGACACCCAGCACGGAGGCUUUAUUCCCGGCGGCGUUCUUGACAUCAGAUGCUGCAAAGAGCAAGACUCGCUAUAUCGCAGCUAUUGGGUCCUACAAAUUGAACAUGAGGGAGAUAGACCCGGAAUACCUCCGCACGGUAGUGGAUCCUUCGGGGCCGCUUUCUGCCCAGGCAUACAAAGAGGGAGUGAUCACCGUCGAUAGCCAAGAAGGAUGCUCGGAAGAAGCAGGAGAGAUCGUAGCAGCCAAGAUUCCCCACGAGAAAAUCGUCGAAGUGGGCGAGCUGCUCCAACAGAGGACGAAACCGGCGUCGGCCGAUCUGGAGAAGUGGCUGCAGGAGGGACUUGUGAUUUACAAAAGCGUGGGGAUUGGUGUAAUGGAUAUUUCCAUUGGGCGGGAGAUUCUACGCCUUGCCAACUCGAAAUCUAUCGGCUUGACUGCCCCAGACUUCUAAAAUUGUAAUAUACACUCCAAUUUCUUCCUGUCUGCUGUUUCAUUGUUGUGAGAGAGACCACACACACCCCGUUAAAGCCCAAUCUCCUGGAG